GAGGCUAAAUUCGAAACUACAGCUUCCGACUCUGUUAAAGGUUGGACCUGGAUACGCAUGGUUUUCAGACUUUUGGCAUGAGGUUGGUCACAACGUAAUUUUCCGAAUAAAUUACAUGUGACUACCGUUUCAGGGCAGCUCGCUUUGUGUCUCCAGGUUCAGCGACUUCCAGAAAUUCUCGAUUAGAAUUACUGUCGUUUCGGAGAAUUUGCGACUAAGGGAUUUCGUGCUCUUGAUUGUUUUGGCGGUCGACUUUCAGUACUAGACCUUCUUGUUUACAUCCUGCUUUGGGAUUGUCGGCACGAGCUCCGUGCCCUAAGCAUUAAUGUCUUGUCUGGAAAGGUUACCCUGUUCCCGAUUGUCACAGAUCGAAGGUAGCUUGUUGCGCUCUGGAGGUUGGGAGUCAAAUUGCGCACACCACUAAUUCCGGAUUCGAGGCCGUUCGUUGGGAGGUAUUCAAAUCAAGGCCCCGACCUCGCAAUGAGUCUGCUUAUGUUGUGUAUCAAAGAAGUCACUCUUUUGGGACUGCACUGCAAAUACUGAAUACCUUCGCCUCUAUGGACGGUUUCGGAUUGAGAAAUGGCCCUACGCAAUUGAAAAUGUGUGGUAUAGGUGAAGCAAGUGUUCAAAUUCCUCUGACUUUUAUCGUCGUGUUCGAGUGAAACUUGCGAUGACGGCCGGCCUCCGAAGACUCGACGUGCACUUCGAUUUCUCUAGAGUCACCAUCAAUGUUCAAAAUGCCACCACCUUCCCUCAAUCACCUACCUCUCAUCCACCGUCUCAUGACCAUUCUGGCCCAGAACAAAGCUCCUACUUCGCUCGGUCAUUAAAUUCCAGCGUGGUAGUGGUUAUGGGGGUUUUGCUCUUUGCGCUAAUUGCGGCGGCCUUUAUCAAUACCAUAGCUAGGUGCCUCUUGCGUAGACGACAGACGCAGCCAUCCGAUGAUCAUAAUGAGAGGGAGAAGGGGCUCGACAAGAGCGUCAUCGAGGCUCUUCCUGUGGUAGCUUACAGCCCUGAUUCCAUAAAAUCCUCAUUUGAUCCGUCGGGGGAAAAUGAUUGCGUGGUGUGUCUGAGCGGAUUUGUUGAAGGGGAAAAAGUCAGGCUGCUUCCGCACUGCAAACACGGAUUCCAUCUGGUUUGUAUUGAUACAUGGCUUCUCUCACAUACAACAUGCCCCGUUUGCCGUCGCAGUGUUCACCCUGCCGAGACUUGCAGUGAGAGCGACACCGACGCUUCGCUUACUCCUCCGACAUUGGAAAUCAGCUCUAGGUCUGGGAAUGCGAGGAAUGCAAACACUGAUGUAGAAAUUGUUGAACCCAGUGCACAUCAGCGAGUGACGUCUUAGUCGACCCAGCCGCUGCGGCAGCAAUUGCAACCCCCGGCGCGAGCAGGAGCCGUCCCAAAGAGGUUGUUCGGUUUCAUGCUACACACCAAGGGCAUGUCUAGUAUUAUCCAUAGCUUGGGGCCUCGCAGGUUUGCUGCUCGGAAUCUGGGUGCCGUGGUAUAUUUGAGGCUAUAUUUUCCUGAGAGACAUUGCUGUCGUUUCCGUUGCUCAUUGCAAAUUCAUGUCCCAACUGCAGAGAUUACUUGCUUGAUUAACUUCUCUGUCAUGUCCGGGGGGGCUUUCAAAAAGAAAGGAAAAGGUCGCAGGGUGAGGUACGAAUUUUCCGGAUAUUUGUGAUCUUCAUGAAAGAGGAGGGAAAGGAAUGUAAUUUGUAGCAUAAGAAGUUGAGCCAUGGCUGCGAAGUGUUCCUGGGUGAAGAGGUCAACAUGUUCUGGCGUUGGAUCAACACUGGGAGCACAAAAAUUAUGCUCACUCUAGCUAACACCGUGACGGUGACGACUAAGGGUUAACUAUAAAAGCCACUCAGAUUAUCGAAUCUGGCUAUGGAGUUGAGAAGCAUACUGUAGGGUUUCGUGAAGUGUUCGAUAUCAAGCAUCGUCACAAAAGUGACGAGUGUUGCAUAUUAACCAGACUGGUGAGCAACUUUGAUGUCUCCAAUGCUGCUCUUGGGAUCCUAAACCCCGAGGAUUCAUUCUUGUCAGUGAUAUUUGUGUAGAUGUAGCGGAACCUAAAUCCUGUCGCUUUAGCGCAACUUGAUGUUGGAAUUCAACUGUCGAGUUCAAUGAACGAUUGUACGGAAUUGGGCGUCCAGUCCUAUUAUUGCAUGGUUUGUGGGACUCAAAACCUACGAGGUUCCCCAAAGCGUUGGAGCCCGCAAUGGACAAAACCGUGACGGUGAAAUAAAGCUAGUUUAUUUUUGCACAGGUGCAUUAAAAGCACUUGAACUCUAAACAACA